CAAUAUUAUCAUCUCCUUUUUAAAAAUUGAAAGCAUAAAGAAGAAGCGCAUGCGUCAGAAAAAAGUCCCUUGGAUACAAACAUAAAUUUCAAACAAGAGCCUGUUCGUGAUAUACAAGAUGAAAUUAUCAAAAAAGAGCUGUAUGCAGAUCAUGAAAUCAAGGAAGAGAUGGUCAUAGGACCUAUGGCGUUGCAGCAUUCAGGUGUAAUCCAAAAUUCAAUUUGUGCAAAAAGCUCUUCUCUAGGGUCGUAUUUCCAGUGCUUGAAAUCAUACUCAAGUCUGCUCAAAUCUUGACUUGAGCAUUGAGUAGAGGUCUGGAAUAGGACCCUCAGUCACCGACAAAAUUCUAACACACCCUCCAUAACAUUUAUGAAACUAGAAAACGGACACUGGCAGAAUUGAGUGACUGAAGAGGCUGAAGAUCUUUCCAAUUCGUGGGCUGAAGCUCUAACCACGUUAAGCCAAGAGAAAUAAUAUAAAAUAUUAGUGAAAUAAUGUGGCUCCAAGCAAAUACACACCAAUAUUGUCAUUUCCUCUUUAAAGGUGAACUGAAAAACACCUGUAAAAUGUCACAUCUAGAACAACAACUUCAUAUAAAAAUUGAAAGCAUAAAAGAAGAAGCAGAUGCAUUCGAAGAAGAUCCCUUGGAUACAAAUAUAAAUUUGAAACAAGAGCCUGUUGUUGAUAUAAAAGAUGAAAUUGUCAAAAAAGAGCUGUAUGCAGAUCAUGAAAUAAAGGAAGAGAUUGUCAUAGGACCUGUGGUGUUGCAGCAUUUGACGUCGAACUUUGUGCAGAGCACAUGUGUUGAAAUAAAAAAUGAUACUCGUACUAAAAAGAAUCCCUAUAAAUGUAAUAUUUGCAAAAAGUGUUUUAAAACACAACUACUUUAUAAAAUGCAUGCAAUGAGGCAUAUACACAAAUGUGAAAUUUGCAACAAAUGUUUAACAUCAAAACAAGGUCUUAAAGGACAUUUAAGGUCUCACACUACAGAGAUACUAUACAAAUGUGAUAUUUGUAACAGAUGUUUAACAUCAAAACAAGGUCUUAAAGGACAUUUAUGGUCUCACACUACAGAGACACCAUACAAAUGUGAUAUUUGUAACAAAUAUUUCCAAACAAAACCAAACCUUAAAGGGCAUUUAUUGACUCAUAGUGAAGACACACCAUACAAAUGUGAUAUUUGCAACAAAUGUUUAAAAACAAGACCAGGCCUUAAAAGCCAUUUAUUUACGCAUACUGAAGAGACACCAUACAAAUGUGAUGUUUGCAACAUAUGUGUAACAACAAAACGCAGCCUAACAAUGCAUUUAUUGACUCACACCAAAGAGACACCAUACAAAUGUAAUAUUUGCAAUAAAUAUUUAACAACAAAACAAUGUCUUCAAAAGCAUGUAAUGAGUCAUAGUUUUGGGGCACCGUAAUAUGUACAACUUAGAAUAAUCAUGCAUAUUCUAAGCUGGACAGCAUAAUGUGAUAUUAUGUUAUAACAUUGGUUGUGAUAUGAACCAGGACCGUAGACAAUACAGUUAAAAUAUUCAUUGUUUUUUAAAUGGGACUUUAUGGGGAAAUCCGAAAUCGUACAAGUUACAAAGAAACUGCCUUUUUUGUGAAACCAAUUUUGGCAUAGUCAAUUUUUUCGUCAGUGUGAAUUGCCAUUAAAAAUUAAUAAAAUGUAUCAAAAUUA